UCACCCAUGCGGUGGUCGGAGCCUAUAAGCGGCAUAUGAGGCUGGAGAGAGCAUCUCCCUUUUUUCUUCACACACGCACACACACACUUUGAUCAGGUUGGAUUCCUUAUGUAAUGUAGAUUUUUAUGUAACAAUGGCUUGAAUAUAUAUAUGUCACAUCUGCACCACAGGCAAUGCAGUGCAGAGCAUUUAUUAGUCACUGAGGCACACACUCGCACAGACACAGAGGCGUGCACACACACACUCUGUAGCAGAGACCUUUCUGCUCGGGCAAUGCUGAGGCUGACUGAUAACGAUGCAGUUCUGCAGAAAGGUGCUCUGCCAGCCGUGUAGUGCCAGGGUCACUUCACCAGAGGACGACAUGGAAUACAAGAUGGGGAGCUGCAUCGGAAUCUCCCACAAACAGGCCGAGGCUCACGCUGAGAGUUUGACCCAGAGGGACGACAGGCCACUGCUGACUGAGGCCACGGCGAGCCUGCAGAGUCUGCCGCCUCAACCGGGGUUCCCAGACGUCCCGGUCAUCACCGGUGUGGAGGAGAGCAGAGGUGCGGCUGGAGACCAGGAGGACGAGGAGGAGCUGGAGUUUCCACAUGACCUGCUGCCCAGUCUAGACUUCAGCAGCGAGCUCAACAUCUGGGGGUCCUCGCUAGGAGCUCAAACGAGCUCAGGCGCAGGCAAAUGUGACCCUUUGCUGGCCGGCCCGCAACAUCACAUGGACGCGCGUCGACCGCUGGUGGUUCUAGACACAAGACCUCAUGGCAGCGAACCAGUUCCCACAGGUGCCCAGCAUGCACCUCAGCCUGCUGCCACACCUUACCCGGGUGCCCGACCCCUGACCCCUCCCUCAUCUGCGCUCAUAGACAGGGAGCUCCAAGAGGCCUUCCAGGAAUGUGAAGAGGAAAUGGCCUCACUGGGCAUACUUACUCCCACAGAGAAUCCCAGCAUCAGGCAUGAGAUGGUUCAUAAUGUAGGGAAGAAAACUGGAGACGUAAUAGUUAAUAAGUCCGAUGAGUCAUCCUCAAUUUCUCCAAUCGUAGUCCAGGCAGGACAUAGCGAUGGAAGCCAUGGAAACAUGAAUACACAUGGAAACAGUGAGACAGCAAACAGUCAGAGGGACAUACUUGUGUUUAGCUUCAGGAAUUACAUACUGGGCACUGACAUUAGUGCUGGAGCAAAGAGUAAAAUAAAAGCAGCCCCGAGCCCGGAUGAAUGUCCAGAGAUUAAGAUAGAGAACGACACUCAGAUAGAUCAGCAGAAGGAAACACCCCAACAUACACUAUCAGAAACAAUAACAAAGCCACAAUCAUAUACAGAAACCCCAAAAGAUGUUCUGUUCUCUGAGCAGAGAGACAUUUUAAGAGAGGAAAGUGUUGAUUCUAAUGCGGCCAUUGAGGAAAAUGAUAGUCUAGAUUGUAAUACAGUGAUUAGGGACAAAGGCACAGACACAGUAACAGAGACUGCAGACACAAAGAAAGAAAAUUAUAGUGAUGAGUGCAGUAUUAAUGUUGGAAUAGUUGAAACUGAGGAGAAAGAUGAUUCAGUAAAUAAAAUAUCGGGAGGCAAUGGUCUUCAUUUAAAUGAUAAAUGUACAUUAUCAGCGUUGCAGUCAGAAGCACAGACAGGAACAGGCAAACACACAGAGGAGACUCAGUCAAAAAAAGACAAACAGAUGAAUUCAGAAAGUGACAGACCGGCCGGGCAGGACAAAGAGGCAAAGAAGAAACAAAAAAAGAAACAAAGGAAAAAGAGAAGAAUGGAGAAGAAUGCAGAGACUGAACAGAAAACAAAGACAGUAGUGCAAUCUGAAAAUGAUUUGCAGGCGGAGUCAGUCAUAAAAGCAGGCCAUCACGCAGAUUCAGAGGCAAAUGUACAAUCAGCGUCACAGGCAAACACUCAGACUGUGAUUUGUGGGCAACAGCCUGAUAAUGGGUUUGAUUACAAGCAACAGCUGAGUCCCGCAGGCAAGCCCUGCCCCAGCCCCCCACUAUCGUCCUCACAUAGCAGACAGGAUCAUCUUACUGACUGUUCACCUGCGUCCAACCAGGCUCUUUCUCAGAGGCCUCAUCAGUCCGAUGACCUCAACCGCACAGAUGCCCCAUGUGGCAAGAAUCAUAGCUCAGGCAAGAAGGCACAGCGGAAGCAGCAUGCAGCCAGGGGUGUCGCCGACGACAAAAGUACACCCGUGACGUUUGUCCAAACUACAGUUAUCGAUCCAUUUGCUUCAGCUGAUAAGAGAUCAGAUGCACAAACACCGGAGGCUAUAGUUUCUACAGAAGCAGUGAUACUCACACAGGAAAAACAGAGCCCACUCACCAACAGCACAACUUGUGUGGGAGAGAGUUGCAUGGAGGAGAGUGCCCUUGAAGAGGCUUUAGUGGUGGUUGCUGCGUUGCCACUGACAACACCCACGAUGCCAGAAUUGAUAGAAAGCAACGGGGAGGGAGAAAGCGUGAGGUGUAAUUCACUGGAGAGAGUAGCUACUGUGGCAAUUGCAGAGCGUGAGGAAGCAGUACGAGAGAAGGAUUUGGGAGGAAGAGAAAAGUGCCUCAACUCUGCAGACGGAGAGGGAGACGGACUCCUGGUUAGCCUUCCACAGAUCUCAUUAAUCUGUUCAGAGGGAAAAUGCUCACUUGCGAUCUUAGCCAAAGAGGGACUGGCUGUGUCUGAGAAAAGCUGCAGCAGCAAAAUGCCACACAACUCGGCUGAGACUGAAAUAAAGGGACCGAGAGGGACUACAGGACACAGUGCAGACGCAGAGAUUUCACCCACUGAAGAGGGAGACAGAGAAAAGGAGCCACACCGGUUAGAAGGAUACAUCAAUAAUUCUCCCCCUGGGCUACUCACUGGUCCAGAUUGUCAGGCUCUCAGUGCUGUGGGAUUGGUGGGAGCAGGAGAAGGAGGAGGAGGAAGAGAGGAGGUGGGAGAGAAAGGAGGGCUGGCUAGAGAGCACAGUUCAUUCAGCCAGCCAGGAGGCUAUGCUAGUGUGGUGUCAUCAGCUGAGACCGAGGCGUGUCUGCCCACCGAUGUUGCAGAGUCACCGCUGAAGUCACAGAGCUGGAGGGAGCCGAUUGCUACCGUCACUGAGAGCAUCUGCACCGAACAGGACCGUCUCUCUAACCCCUGCGAGGAGCAGCAUGGUGCAGCAAUUUCCCCACUCCCCACUCACCCUGAGCAGAGCUCCAGCAGUACAAACAGAGGGGUAAGGGCUGAUCUCAAACGGAAUUCAAUUUCGGAGGAAGCACCGUCUUCGGGACACACUUGUGAGGAGUCAUCCAUCACAGAGGCAGAGAGAAAUGCCAGCCGAGUGUUGCUGUCAUUGAUUAAACCUCAGCCUCUGACCGCUUCACAACCAAUCCCAGUCGAGCGACAAGCGAGCAACAGUCAACAGGUACAACCUGAAAGUAGCACAACGGAGACCAGGACAACCGAGAGUGCAGCUGAGUUCCAAGUCCAAGUCCAGAGCAAAACUGGUAGCCCUGCUAUGUCUGGAGGGGUUGUGUUUGCAUGUGGCAGCAGUGGAGGCAACCACAGAGUUCACUUUGCAGACAGUGUGAAGGAAGAGGACAGUUCCUCUGUGGACUUCAGGAACAUGCCAGUGUUGGCAAUGGACUUCGCCUCUUUGCCUCCGCUGACCGUGCAUGAAAGUUUGUAUCAUCCAGUUGUUGAGGCCAGCUACAUCUUCCCAGAUUUCCUCAGCUUGAAGAGGCCAGAAAUCCCAGCGAAUGCAGCUCCUACCAAGGAUGAACCAGCAGGACAGAGCUCAGCUGACUUUCUGAAGCCACAGAAAGAUUCCCAGUCGGAUAAAGGAGAUUUGGAGACAAAAGAUACUAAGGAUAACAUUACCAAAGAUCAGUCAGGUAAUAAAAACAACCCGGUGACAAAUACUGUGGAUCUACAAUCAGUGACAGAGACCUUCACAAAGCAACUUCCAUGUCCUUCAGAGAAAAUUCAGCCUGGUAAUGAAGAACGUUUUGACCUUUUACAAACAGCAGGAGGUGCCAUAUCUACGGCUGAUCAUUUAACAGCUGAACAGGUGUCGACAAAGCUAAUCAAGCAAGAAGAGGUGGAAACAAUAAAGGGUCCUUUAAAUCUGUGUUUGUCAAAGGAGAAUAAGCUCAAUAAGUUCCAUGCUGAGUCUUCAGGCUCAGUCAAGCCUGACGAGCCUCAGGAGUCCACUUUACUGAGUGAUGCUACUGUCAUUCUUGAAGAAAAAGAAGGUAACCAACACCCUCUCUCUUCACUGUCUGUGUUUCUACCUGAAAAUGUUACCUGCAAACCUUUAAGUGACGUUGACCCCAGUUCAGAACCUGAAACUGUCACCUUGACCUGCACAGCCUCUACUCAGACAAAGCCUGGUGACCCCAGUUAUCAGCUUCACACCCAGUUAGAUCAUACACCUUGUGGAUUAGUUACCGCAGAUCACAUGAAAGCAAGUGAAGGACCUAAGUCUUCAAUUCACUCUGCUGAUCUGGAAAAGGAUGAAUCAGUGACUUCAGAAGUGGCAGCCUCUGACCAGUCGAUUCCUGUUAUCGAGCAAUGUGCCAGUAAACCUGCUUUUGUACUGCGCCCCCCUGGCCCAAUGUUGAGUCACUUGGAGUUCAUUACUGACUGUGGUAUCUGUCUUCCUGAGGAUACAGAGAAAUGCAGUGCCGAUGGUGACAGCACCGUAGUCUCUGGAGAGGUAGAAAGCAACAGGAGCAGGGGAAUGACACAAAUGUCUUUAUCACAGGAUCUGGAGCACGUUGAUAUCAGCAUUGUGGCAGAUGAGACUUUGACAAAACUGGAGGUUAUGAAUUCUAACACAGAGUCUGUCCUUGAGCUUGAAAAUUCUGCAAUUAAUGAUGUAAAUAUUCCAAUUUCACUGUCACUUUGUCCAGUGGAAGCACUUGCAAAUGAUGAAUCCAAUAAUGCAAUUUCCCUAUCUCAAACUAACCCAGACUCUGUUGCCAUUGGACAUUUCAUCCUUGAAGCAUCCAUUAGGAAUAGUCUCAUAAAUGAUAGCUGCCCACUCAGGUCCGACCUGCCUACCAACGAGGCUCAUGAUGAAAUGAAAAUAGACAAUAUGAAAGAGAAACACAAAAUGGAAGAUCAGACCUCCAUGCUGUUUGAAAAAGACAAGAAACAAGUUGGAGAAGCAACAAUGGAUAAUCAAAAGGAAAAGGCAAUCAGCGGUAAGCUGCAGACAGAAAAGACAGUCACAAAACCACAACAGAGUAAUGGGCCAGAUAAAGAGGCCACAGAGAAAAUUGGAAAGCUGCAGCCAUCACAUAAUCAUAAAGUACAAAACAAUGAGUUACUAAUAAUGGAUCAAGAGGAGGAAGGAGAAAGGGAUAUGAGGAUUGCAUCUACAAAUGACAAAGAGACUUCUUCCUCAUCUCCUGACGCACCUGCAGAGUCAUAUGAAGACACGCUAAUCCCUGAGUCUGCUCCUGAACCGGAGACAGUUUCUGAUCAGAGUUUGCGACAGACUCCAACAGCAACACUGGAAUGCAGCUCUGACAGGGGUAUGGGUGUGAGUGCAGCCCUUGGCCAAUCACCAGAGCAAAACUGUUUUGCUCAGCAACAGGAGCAAAAGCAGCAGCGUCAGGGAUCAACACAACCCACAGAGGAGUUGUCAGGUGACCGUCUAGAGGAUGUAGAAAAGACUAACAAUCAGGACAGGCAGACCCAAGCACUGGUUGCAGGGAUAAAAUGGGUAGUAGCAGAAAGAGACAGCUCUGUUGGGGGCUUGUGUCGGUCAGGAAGCAGGGAGGAGUUGACACGUGAUGACAGCAGAGGCAAUGAACGAGUGGUAGGUUUAGAGAAAGGAGACGGAGAGGGAGCACAAGCUGUAAAAGGGGUUGACAGGGAAUAUGUGCCAUCUCAUGCUUGCAACAAUGUAAAUGAGAGUGGAAGGGCCACUGAGAGAAAUGCGUCAGAUGAGAAUAAAAGCCCUGGUUUAGGGUUAGUUAGUUCAGAUGCAGAGUUUGUGAGUGAUAUGGGUCAGCAAAAAAGCAAUCUAUCAGCUGCAUGUCAAGACCAACAUGGAGAACCUGAGACCUCAAAGAACACUGCUGUACCUGUUGAGUCUGCAUCACAGGAACAUGAGACUUCACCUCCUCGGAUCUCUGUUUCACCCAAUGUAAGCACAGAUGGCCUAGAUAUUCAUACAGAAGUUAUUCCAAGUGCAAACCAAGCUGAAGAAAUUCAUACAAAAAUACUGUAUGAUCCUGUUGGGCAAGCAGAGGCUGUGGAAAAUUAUUUCAGUGCUGCCGUGGGUGUGAAAAGCGACAGUAGUGAAAUUCUGGAUACAGUGUGCAAGCCUCAUGAGAGACAAAGCCCCAAUAGAACCUCAGCAAUUCAAAGCAGCGAAGUAGUACGAACACCCAUAAAUGGCCCUGAUGUAGGGGAGAUCACAAGAGAAGAUAAAGCAGCUUUGGACAAAGAGAAAGCUAUCAGCCAGGGCAAUGGACAAAGUGAAAUGAAAGCAAUAAACAACGAAGCAAAGGAAAAACAAGGGGUUAUAGACAGUGGCUCAGGAUCAGUUAAAUCUCCAGAGCUCUGUGAAAGUGUGGUGUCACACAGCAGCACAGAGACUACUGUUUGUCAUUCUGAGGGGAGCAUUGCUCUCUCUAAAGCAAAACGCCUGGAAGAUCUUGCAUCGCCUUCCCAAUCAGAGAAGCCGCACGAGCAGGGGUCGUCGUCAAAGCCCAAAGAUGUCAAAGAUGAUACUAUGGCAAACUACAUUGUUGCUGCUUCCCAGUGUGAAGGGAAAUCACUUGAUGUCGAACCACUGUCUGUUGAACCACUGUCCGUUGAACCACUGUCCGUGGAUACAGAGGCGGCAGAUGAGUCAGAGAGGCCUGUUCCUGGACACACAACCCAGGAACCACAUACGAACUGGAUAAAAGCACUAAAAGAAGCUGCAUCCGGUUCUCAGAGUCAUCAUGUUAACACAGUGGAGACCUCAAGAGUCCUCCCAUCUCUGGAGUCUCCUGAUCUAGAGUUUCUCACUCCAACUGAGGAGAUAGCUGCUCAUCUGAGACAGGAGGAUAUCCAACCAUCGGAGCCAGCAGUAGGGAAGACGACAGAGAUCCCACCUCUGAAUCUUGUGAAAAAGCCUGUGGAUUUUCCUAAACCUUUAAAGAAGGCAGCCCAGCACCUGGAACCAACACGGCAGGCAGUAGGGCAUUCCGAACCAACCCAGACAACCACAGAAGAGCCCUCAGAACCAACCAAGAAAGAAGAAGAGCCCCCAGAAGAACUUCCAGAAGCCAAAGGGGAUCCAGAAACUCCAUCAGAAAUAGUCGAGGGGACAGCGGAGCUCGUAGAUCCAGCAAUAAGCACAGAGCUGCUCCCAGAAUCAACGAAGAAUGAGGAACCAGAACCAACCAAGGUGAAAGCAGAACCCCUAGAACCAGAGAAGAAGCUGAUUAUUGAGCCCCUAGAGGAUCUGGUGGAAAAAUCUGUUGAGAUCCCACUGGAGGAGCCAUUCAAAGAGCCAGCCGAGGAAACUGCCGUGUCAGAAGCCGUCCAGGAUCCUGCUGAGGAGCUACAAGACAGCAGGCUCUCCCUUGCUGAGCAGGCAGAGAGAAGUGACCGUCCCCCUGCCUCACCCCUACCUCCUCCCUCCGAAAACCUCUUCCCGCCUGCCCCCCCUCUUCACCUCCACGACAGUGCCGAAUUCCCCACUCCUCCUCCCACACCCCCGGAGAGGCACACACCUGAAGUUCUACCAACCCCACCUGCAUCCCCCUGCCUUCCUCCUCCUCCUCCUCCUCCUCCAGCCCCUGCAUCCUCAUCUGCCUGCCCUGCUUCUGCAGCACGCCACCCCCCCUUAAGGAGCUCAGAUUCUGAUGGAGCGUUUGAGACCCCGGAAUCUACAACCCCAGUUAAGACUGUUUCUCCUACGGAUCCCCAGGCCCAGCAACUGACAUCUGAUGACAAAGCAGCAGACACCUCAGUCAGUGAUCCUGUUUCUGACUCGGCUUCAUUUGAUCGACCUUGCCAUUCUCCAUCCAUCACUUUUGAUGAAAACAAGCCCAUCGCAGCCAGUGGCGCGUACAACAUUGAAGUUCUUGCGACAGAUUCAACGAGUCACACACUGACCCGUUCCCUCAGCCUCCAGGGAGGAGAACUGGACAGUUCUGGCCUGUUGGACGGAUCCAUAACAGGUUUCCGACCACAUUCUGAAUCCUUCAGCGUAGACACUGAGAGUGCCCCAGGCACACUCCACAGGCCCAAGAAAGUCCGUCCUGGGUCUUUGAGGAAGAAGCCUCUUCUCAGACAAAACUCCAAUCCAGAGAGUCCAAGGCCAGCCUCAUCCAGCAGCACCCCAGAGAUCAAGAAGCGGGCAAAGCCUCGGACUGCAAGCCCACUCCAGGCACAGGAGGACGCAGAAGGAGGAUCUGCAACCCCGAGCCCAGGAGGAACCCUUCGAAGGACCAGAAAGAGCCGCGUCGAAACUCCACCUCCUCUCCCAGAGGAGACCAAUCAUACCAGCCAAGAGGAGAGCGUCAUCAUCCCUGCCUUACCCUUCUGCCAAGAGGACACUCCUCUGCCUGAUAGUGAAACGGGCCAAGACGAAUCCCCCAUCCCCCCUAGUGCCUCCUAUAAAUGGGAUCCAGAUAAUUUUGAUAACAUCGACCCUUUCAACACUGGAGGUAGUAAAAUUGCCAACUCCCCUGUUCUUGGACGCAAAGGUCCUGUGUGUGCUCCCAUUGCUACCCCAGAGAGUUGUAGACCUGUAGAGCCACAUCUAUACAGUCCCCCAGCUCCUCUUCAUGAGCCAGUCACCAACCCUGAAGAGCAACCAAUCAUUCCAAAGCGUCAGUCAGUAAGGCUGGAGUUUGACUACUCUGAGGAGAACGGCGAGGCAUCACACCAGGCCUCUCCCCCACUCAAGAAAGUGGGCAAGAAACCCGGUGGCAAGAUGCCUCUGAGGAAACCAAAGCUGGGGCUGAAGAAAGCCCCUCCAGCACAGACGGAGCAGCUGGACAACAACUCUCCAGCAACCCACAAUGGCAACGAGGAUGAAAUCCCUGUUCCUAAAGCGUCCUACAAUUUUGAAACGGACAAGUGGGAUGAUCCGAAUUUUAAUCCAUUUACCUCCAAGAAAGGAAUUGGCAACUCUCCUAAAUUGUCCAGGCAGUCUUAUAGUUUUGACCCCAGUAACUUAGAUGACUCCAUAGACCCUUUCAAAUCCACCAAUAAGAUGGCUGACUCCCCUCCCAAGGCCUCAGCCUCCUUUGAACUUUCAUCCAAUGAUUGUGACAAUGAAAAUGACAAUGACAACAUUGGGGAACUGGGCGACCAAAACCAGAACAAACCUGCCAAGAAGAAGAAAACUCCUAUCAAAUCUAAUACUUUUAGAGUGAAGAGGUCGCCAAAGAAAUCCCCGCUGUCUGACCCAUCCCAGGAUUCGGAGCCCGCAGACGAACCUUCGUCCCUCCACCCACAGGACGACCACGCCACAGACGAGGAGAAGCUGGCCUCCACCAAUCAUAAGUGGGCAGCCCUGCAUGAGAUGGAUGCAGAUUUGAACUCUGACCAACAAGAUUUUCCUCAGCCGUGCGACCUUACGUCCUUCGUUAACGAGAACAGUCUUCCGCAUCCGAGUCUAGUGCAAGACUAUGAAAUUGAAUACAUGGAAAAGAUUGGCUCCUCUUCGCCUCCACCAUCUGUGACGAAGCCAUCUUUGUACCUGAAGCUGGAUUCAGUGUCUGACAACUUAACCAAGAAUAUGGGUGCACAUGGAAAUGAGCCCAGCUCCCCCUGCACAGGGAGUUUUGAGGAGAUGGAGGCCCAGAUAACAGCAGGUGUGAAGACUCCUGUGCUGAGCUCUCGGCCUGGUCCCGAGGGCUCUGCUGGGGACAAGGGCAGGAAGAGAGAGAGCGAGUCACUCAGCCGAACACAGAGCACAGAGAGGGAUGAACAGUCCCCUAGCCAAAGUCCCAUGGAGGCCCCUGCUCCUGCCCUGACCAUGCCCCUGUUAGACAGGCUGUCUGAGUGUGAUGACCCCCUGCAGUACCUGGAGCCUGACCUGGCUGAGACCAACCCCACUGCAUUCGCCCAAAAACUACAGGAGGAGCUGGUACUUGCUGCCCUGAGGAUAGAGGCUCUGCAGGUAGCCAAAAACAUCUCUCUGUGCCCCUCCCUCUCCACUGUAACCCCGCAGUCUCGACUCAAGAAACCCAGCACUCGUCGGUGGAAUAUCAACGGUUCACCUUUGUUGAAACACAGAGACAUAUCAUCUCCGGUAGAAAGUGCUGUGUCCAAGAACUCGCUGUACACCAGGACCUCCACCACCAGCUACAUCGAAGGAGAGAGUCCCCAUCUGCCCCAGGAUCUGGACCACUCGCUGGGAAUUGCACGGGAUGAGAUUGUGACAAAGGAGAAAGAAGUGCUGGAGUGGCAGAGAAAGUAUGAAGACAGCCGACAGGAAGUGGUGGAGAUGAGGAGAAUUGUUGCUGAGUAUGAGAAGACAAUUGCACAGAUGAUAGAGGAUGACCAGAAAGAGAAGUCUCUCUCCCACCACACCAUCCAGCAGCUGAUUGUGGAGAAGGACCAGGCCUUGUCCGACCUCAACUCCGUGGAAAAGUCUCUGGCCGACCUCUUCCGACGCUAUGAGAAGAUGAAAGAUGUGCUGGAGGGCUUCCGCAAGAAUGAAGAGGUUCUGAAGAAGUGCGCUCAGGAGUAUUUGUCCAGAGUCCGUAAGGAGGAACAACGUUACCAAGCCCUGAAGAUUCAUGCCGAGGAGAAACUAGACAGGGCCAAUUCAGAGAUAGCUCAGGUGCGAGUCAAGGCCAAGCAGGAGCAGGCCGUCCACCAGGCCAGUUUGAGAAAGGAGCAGAUGAGAGUGGAUUCCCUGGAGCGCACCUUGGAGCAAAAGAACAAAGAGAUCGAGGAGUUGACCAAGAUCUGUGAUGAGCUGAUCGCCAAGAUGGGGAGAAGUUAGCGACUGCACAACAUCCAGGCCAAGUAUCAAAGAAAACAGGGGUGGUUAUGGAGGAACUACCUGCAAAAUCAAGCAGAUCAGUUAUAUUUAUCAAUCUUCCAUGGACUGAUGGACAGAUAAGGCCUAAGUGGUCUUGGGAUUGUAUUUCCUACUGACUUGGUGUACACAGGAUUCACAGGAAUGGCUUCAGCUAAAUUACAUUUUUUUUUUAUGUUUCAGUGUAUCGUACUGUAAACAAGGGUCUGGUUGAAAGAUUUAAAACAUUUACCAUAUCACUAAUGAGUGUGACUGUCUGUGUGUGUGUGUGUGUGUGUGUGUGUGUGUGUGUGUGUGUGUGUGUGUGUGUGUGUGUGUGUGUGUGUGUGUGUGUGUGUGUGUGUGUGUGUGUGUGUGUGUUUAAUUAUCUAUAAUGUUGUUGCCAUGACAGCAAUUGAGGGAGAAGACUGUUUACCCACUCCUGUUGUUGUCUCCUCUUUAUACAAGAGAAAGAUAGACUUUGACAAAGAGAACCAGAGAGUUAGAUUCAUUCACCACUUACAGAACAAAAACUAUCACCGUAUCUUACUGCAUGUGAGAGAGAGAGAAAGAAAAAAAACUUGUAAUGUUAAUGUUUGUAUAUACUAUAGGAAAUACCAAGUAUCUGCAUUUUUGAUAGUUAUUCUGUCAUCCUCAGUCCGCUUUCCUCAUGUAACCUUGUAGAUAUUUGUCAUACUUGUCAUAGCUUUCUCGAUGAAAUUGUGGGACUUUAUUUUUUGGGAUUUUAUUUUGAUAUAAGGCAAACUAAGCGUGACUGUAUUCAGUUGUGACCAGGAGUAAUUUAAUUUUGGAUCGAUAUGUCCUAGUCCUGCUAUGGUCAUUGUGUCACACUGAGGAAUAACUUCUCUGCACAGCUACUGUACAGCCUCUGCUUACAAAGUGCAAUAAAAGAUUGCAAUACA